CUAAACAUACAUCCGUGUGCACCAAGCAUCCAUCCUAGAACUAGAAGCUACUAGCUCCGGCUCGAUGGCAGCCAUGGCGGUCCUCGUCGCAUUCUUCGUUGCUGCGGCCCUAGCAGCGGCGGGCGACGGCGACGCGGCGCUCGUCGAGCACACCUUUGUUGUGAGCCAGGUUAAACUAAACCGGUUGUGCAACGACACGCUGGUGACUGUGGUGAACGGGCAAUUCCCAGGUCCAACGAUAGAGCUUAACGAAGGAGACUCAGUAGCUGUUCAUGUCAUCAACAAGUCCCCACAUGGAAUAACAAUUCACUGGCAUGGAGUGAAGAUGCAACUGAACUGCUGGGCAGAUGGAGCGGCGAUGAUAACCCAAUGCCCCAUCCAGCCAAACAAGAACUUCACCUACCGAUUCGACGUCGUCGGCCAGGAAGGCACGCUGUGGUGGCACGCUCACGUUGGCAGUCUCCGGGCAAGCGUCCAUGGCGCCUUGAUCAUCCGGCCAAGAUCCGGGGCUAGCUCAUACCCGUUUGACAAGCCUGACAAGGAGAUCCCAAUCGUUAUAGGCGAAUGGUGGGAGAUGGACCUUGGUCACCUAGAAAAGAAUCUUAGGAACGGUUACAUGUUUGAUCUGCCUAGGGCUGCUACCAUCAAUGGAAAGCCUGGAGAUCUGUACAACUGCUCUGGGACCGUCAAAGACAACAACGUUGUGAACGUGGAGCAUGGCAAGUCAUAUUUGUUACGGAUAGUGAACGCUGGGCUUGAGUCAGAGUAUUACUUGAAGAUCGCCGGGCACAAGUUCACGGUGGUAGCUGCCGAUGCCAACUAUGUCAAGCCGUACACCACAGACGUCAUCGCGAUUGCGCCGGGCGAGACCAUCGACGCUUUGCUUGUCGCGGACGCACAUCCUGCUGGCAGAUACUACAUGGUGGUCAAGGCCAACCAGCCCCCCAAGCCUGCGAUUCAGUUCCCGCUCAUUAUCUCAAGAGGGGUAGUGCAAUACAGUGAGUGUCCAGGAAAAGAAGAACAUGAUACUACUUCAUCAAUAAUGGUGCCUGAAAUGCCGGACCGGCACGACUCAGACACUUCCUUCUACUUCCAUGGCAACUUGACAAGCCUGCAGCCUCACCCGCUGUUGCGCCCGGUGCCGGCCAACGUCCAUGAGCACCUCUUCUACGCCCUUGACUCGGGCAACCUCUGUCCACAUGGCGAAUCAUCCUGCAUAAAUCAUUUGGGACCCAUGAUUAAUAAUGUCUCCUUCCGGCUGCCCGCAACGACACCAUUGCUCCAGGCGCACUACCACGGUAACAUGAGCAGCAUUAGCACGCUGCGGGAGCUACCUGACAGGGCACCCAGGAUGUUUAACUUCACCAAAAUGCGCAAGCCGACGUCCAGAGCGACGUCGGUGAGAAGGCUGCGGUACAAUGCCACGGUGGAGAUCGUGUUCCAGAGCCCGGUGCUAGCGGACACAUACGCUAACCCCAUGCACCUCCAUGGCCAGGACAUGUUCGUCCUCGCGCAGGGGCUCGGGCGAUACGACGCCGAGAAAGACGUCGCGACGUACAACCUGGUGGAUCCGCCGGUGAGGAACACCGUCCUAGUUCCGCUAUUCGGGUGGGCCGUCGUCCGAUUUGUCACCAAAAAUCCAGGUGUGUGGUUCCUGCACUGUCAUUUUGAGAACCACUCGUCAGGAGGCAUGGCGGUAGCAUUCGUGGUAGAGAACGGUCCAACUUUGGAUUCGACUCUUCCUCCCCCUCCUGAAGAUCUUCCAAGCUGCUACAACUACAAUAGUAGAGUGGCAUAUGAAUAGCGGAAAUACGUUCUUGUUUCGAGAUUUUCGUAUUUCUACAGUUGUUUGAAUAAAGCCUAGGCUGGGUUGCCUUGUUUAGACCAAGAUUUUUAAGCUUCGAAAUUGAGUAUUGUUUAAUCGCUGAGUGUAUGAUAUAAUGGACCUCUACCAUGCAUGAAAGGAAAUGUAUUACUAGUACAAGCUGGAGUAAAUAAAACCCGCUCUUUAUCGGGAUAAAGAUGCAUGGAAUAUUUAUUGGCUGCAAAUGCCAGUUCCUUGUUC